GCAGUAUGUUGGUAACUUUCUCCUCCAGUCAUCAGACAACCAGACAGUAUAAAGAUGUGAUGGCGCCAUCUACCGGCCGGUGUUAAAAACAUCACCUGUAGUUCUCGCUGCAUGUGACAGAUCAAAUCGUCACACAUACGUGUCACCGUCUCACACAAAGCAGCUGCAAAGUCGCUUUACCUGCCUCUAUAACCCCGUCAGCCUACCGAGAUGAUUCAUGGUGAUUUAGUGUCCUCCUUGUGUGUAUGUGUGUGUGUUCGUCUGUCUGUGAGAGAGGCUGCUAACUAGCGCAUCAUCAUCAUCAUCAUCAUGGCGGAUCAAGGCGAAUCUCCGGCUCCUGUCCUCCACCCGCAACCGGCGCUGACAACCAGCUGGCCAAUUACCCGGGAGUCGUACGAGCUGCAGGAAGUCAUAGGCAGCGGGGCCACAGCUGUGGUGCAGGCAGCCCUCUGUACCCCCAGACAGGAGCGCGUGGCCAUAAAGAGAAUCAACCUGGAAAAAUGCCAGACCAGCAUGGAUGAGCUAUUGAAAGAAAUUCAAGCAAUGAGCCAGUGCAACCACCCCAAUGUUGUCACCUACUACACCUCCUUUGUCGUGAAAGAUGAACUUUGGUUAGUCAUGAAGCUCCUGAGUGGAGGCUCUAUGCUGGAUAUUAUUAAGCACACAAGCAAAGAAGAGGACAAAAAUCGAGCUCUAGAUGAGCCCAUUAUUGCUACUAUAUUAAAAGAAGUGCUAGAGGGCCUGGACUAUCUGCACAGAAAUGGACAGAUUCAUAGGGAUGUGAAAGCUGGGAACAUACUACUGGGAGAAGAUGGAUCUGUUCAGAUUGCAGAUUUUGGAGUAAGUGCAUUCCUAGCUACAGGGGGGGAUAUGACUAGAAACAAAGUACGAAAGACCUUUGUUGGCACGCCAUGCUGGAUGGCACCGGAGGUGAUGGAACAGGUACGAGGCUAUGAUUUCAAAGCAGAUAUAUGGAGUUUCGGAAUUACAGCCAUAGAGUUAGCAACGGGUUCUGCACCCUAUCACCGCUACCCUCCCAUGAAGGUUUUAAUGCUUACCCUACAGAAUGAUCCACCCACUCUAGAGACCGGUGUAGAGGACAAGGAAAUGCUAAAAAAAUAUGGCAAAUCAUUUAGAAAGCUAAUAACUAUGUGCCUUCAGAAGGAUCCUGCCAAAAGGCCCACAGCUGCAGAGCUUUUGAAGUGUAAAUUCUUCCAGAAGGCAAAGAACAAAGAAUAUCUGGUUGAAAAGCUUUUGUGUCGUGCACCAAAGAUUUCCCAGAGAGCUAAGAAGGUGAGGAGAGUCCCAGGCUCCAGUGGUCACCUGCACAAGACAGAGGAUGGAGACUGGGAGUGGAGUGAUGACGAGCUGGACGAGGGAAGUGAGGAGGGCAAGGCAGCGGUGAAUCAGGGCAGGUCACGAAGGGUCAAAGAUGAUGCCAAAGAUAAUGAGGAGAAUGCCAACAAUAUUCCUAUUGAGGGGUUGUCUAUUCAGCAUCCCCAGGUUGAACCGUAUGAGGAUACACCAUACAUUCAAGGUGCUGUGAAUAUGGUACUACGGCUAAGGAACUCUAAAAAGGAGCUGAAUGACAUCCGGUUUGAAUUCACUCCUGGUCGAGACACUGCUGAUGGCGUAUCCCAGGAACUGUUCUCGGCUGGUCUGGUCAAUGGGCACGAUGUGGUUAUUGUUGCUGCCAACCUUCAGAAGAUUGUAGAUGACCCAACUACCUACAAAGUAUUGACCUUUAAGCUGGCGUCCAGCUGCGAUGACACGGAGAUCCCGGACGAGGUGAAGUUGAUCGGCUUUGCACAGCUAAGUGUUAGCUGAUGCUGUCUUCAUGCCUGAAGCAGGUGAGACAGGGGAGACAGUUCAGGGCAGACAGACUGAGGAGCACACCACCACUUCCUGCAACAUCUUCCCCAAUACCCACCCUGAAAACUCACUCUUUCCCUCACCCCUCACUCCUUUCCACCUUCCCUGAAGCCAAACUCCACCACCGCCCCGCCUUCACCUCCUUUAAUGCAGACUUCCCUGCUCACUGCCCCCUGACCUUUAACCUUAACGACAUUCCACCGCCCAGCACACAGACAGGCAUCAGGAUGCAGCCCAGGAACCUAAAUAUGUACUCAGGUGGUGAAAGAAGAUGAUUAAGAUGUAGCUUUGAAUGUUUUAUUUAUUUUUUAUUUUACUCAUUUUUGUUUUACAUCUCGUUACCUCUGUGUUCAGCAAAGCUCUCAUUAUUUAUUGAAAUGAGAAACUAUUUUUUAUUUCUUUUUUCUCUCACGCUGUUUUGUUGCACCCGUGAUGACGAAUUUGCUUUGACUCACAUCUCAUGAACCCACACAUUUAUGGUGUUUGUCUGAGGUCUGUGUCAGAAUGUAAGAUUUAGUUAAUUUAUGGGGACAAGCACAUUUUCAUAACAACAUAAUGAAUGUCUAAAAAGAGAUUGAAUUGUAUUUCUGUGUCAAGACCUGUUUUACAUUGACAAGAAGGGAACCAUUUGCUUGAGUGCGCAGGAAAAAAAAAAAAACAAGACCUGAAUGUUACUGUGUAUAAUUUGCUGCUCUUGACAGUGUUAAUGCUUCAAAAUGCUAGAGGUGCCUUGUUCAUUUUUCUGUGCCUAAGAAAGUAGUCAAUGAGUGAGACCACACAAAGAGCAGAAUCUGCUGAUUUCCAUUUCACUAAUGUAUUACUCCGGCAAAGACACGAUUUUACGUGAAAUAUCUUAAUGAAACAAGCUACAAUGCACUUUUGGGCUGAGUGUGUGGCCACGACAAGCUGAUGCUUAGCCCCUGGAGACAAGUUAACUUGUGUGCUUUCGUUACCAGACACAUAAACCAUAACAGAACCUGUACUCAUGUAAUCCGCUCUGGUUGAUGUGUUUUCGGAUGCCAGGCUAAUAAAUAAAACCACAACAGUUGAA